AUGGCACUCAAGGCACUCAAGGCAAAGCUGGCAGAAUCGACAAUUGGCCACUAUGUCGAAAGCAUCAAAUCAUGCCCUCGUGAAAUUAUCGAUAGUAGGCGGCUUUUUUUAUCGGCCGCCAUGUACGCGACGUCGGCACUUCCAAUUACUUGGGACCAAGGCUCCUCUUCCGUGAUCUCAUCACUUCCUGGUUUCCAGAAUGCCUUCGGAAUCACAUCAGCCACGCAUCCCACCGAAGUCUCGAACUUCAUUUCAUUUGUCUAUAUUGGUGCCGGCGUGGGCGCUGCCCUUUCAUACUUCCUCAACGAUCGUAUUGGACGUCUGUGGUCUUUCCGCUGGUACAUGGUCAUAUGGAUCAUGGGCCAGGUGAUAGCUACAUUUUCUUCCGGUAAUAUUCGAGCUUUGUAUGCAGCGCGCAUAGUGUCGGGUCUCGGAAUCGGCGCUCUUACAGUCAUCGGCCCCGUCGGUAUUGUCGAGAUCGCACCAAGUGAAAUGCGAGGACUGCUUUCGGCGUGGUUCAGCGUGGUAAUGCUCUUGUCGCCGACGUUGUCUGUUUUUGUGGUCAUGGGUGUUUAUCUUCAUAUCGCUAGUAGCUAUCUGCAAUAUCAGGUCGUGUUCUUUGUGCCGACUAUUAUUGUGGCUUUGAUCAUUCUCGGGAGUUUCUUUUUAUCCGAAAGUCCACGGUGGCUAUUCCUCGUCAACAGAUCCGAGGAAGGCAUCGAAGCUCUGGUGGCACUACGCGGGCUGCCUGCUACCCAUCCAUAUCCGAAACCAGAUCGAGUAACAACAAAGAUUCGAACAGAGUGGCUCGCGGUCAACACUCGUGGAAUUGUGCAGGGAGACCUUCCUCGUGCCAUCGAACCUACGCCGGGUUCAACAGACAUUGAUAUCCUACGCACUCGCACAUCUGUCCGGUGCAAACAGUGUGACUUCAUAUUUGGUACCAAUCCUCGAGAUUAUGGGACUUGGUGGUGGAACGGACCGUUCGUUGUUCUUGACUGGCAUGUAUUCGAUGGCGAAGUUUUUUUUCUCACAAUCAUUUCAAGCUUCUUCUUCAUUGAUCUAAUGGGACGUCGCAAGAGUUUGUUUACUGUCGCAACACUCCAGAUGGUCUCUCACAUCUACAUUGCUAUUUAUAUCAAAUACAAACAAAGCGUCCUGGUUUCUACAAGCGCGAGCAAGGUGGCCAUUGCUGCUAUCUUUAUCCACGGCUUUGGAUAUGCUGUCGGUCUUCUAAUUCUCCCAUACGUCUUCGGUGCAGAAAUUUGGCCUACUCACCUCCGAUCCUUUGGUUCAGCUAUGUCGCAGUGCUUCCAUUGGCUUUUCUUCUUUGCCAUCAAUAAAUCAACUCCGUCCCUCCUCGCCAAGACCGACAAUUGGGGCGCAUUCCUGUUCUUUGCGGCGUGGUGUCUCAUUGCAAUCAUCUAUGCCUACUUUGUCAUUCUAGAAACUGCAGGAGAAAGGCUUGAACACUUUGACGAAAUCUUUGAGCAGCCGCUGUGGAAGGCAUACCGUGGUACAAAGCGACCCCAGGCAAUAUGCAUUGAAGCUUGCGAGUUACCUGUUGAACAGCGGAAUAUACCUGUGAAGGGAAAGAAUGAGUCUUUGGAGGGGGUUGUUGAGGUCUAA